AUGUUUAUCUCUAAGAUCGCGGCGCUCGCGCUUCUUGCGCCUUGCACGCUUGUCUCUGCCACUCCGGUCUUCAAAAACCACGGAACACUGGACGGAUGGGAUGGAACCAACCACGAACAUAAAGGAACCGUAACUCAGGUCGACAACGUGUCUUACAACUCAGGCACAUCGAUCAAAGUGGUUCAGAUAUACGAUUCUGGCUACACUGGCAGAUACCACUCGGAAGUCUACAAGAAAGACGUCUACAAAGUCGGCGACGAGGGGUUCUACGGCUUCGCUUUCCGGCUGCACUCAACUUGGGACACCUCGUCCAAGCAAUCCUACAACAUCGCGCAGUUCAUCAGCAACCUAGAGGAUAACCCCGAUAACACGUGCGGGGAUGGCUUCAUCCCCUCGAUGAUGAUGUGGGUCGAGGGCAACGAGCUCAAGAUCCGCAGCAAGGGCGGCAACAUGUGCGAUAGCACCCUGAAGAAGUUCUCGGUCGGCACGAUCAAGCCGGGGUCUUGGCACCGCGUCGUUCUCCAGGCCAAGUGGGAAAGCGACAACUCGGGCUACUACAAGGUCUGGUUCGACGGGAAGCAGGCGCUGGAGAAAUCCGGCCUUAUCACUACGUACAGGGACACGCAGAAGAAAUACGGCUUCCAGUUCCGCACCGGCUUGUAUGCCAAUGCCUGGCACGACGACAAGCACAUGGAUGGAAACCAGGGCACCCGACAGCUGUGGAUUGAUGAGGUUGCCAUCGGAAACAAGUAUGAGGAUGUGGACCCCGGGGUUCAGCAGUAA